GCUCCUGCCUCUCACUGUAACACGGCCCAGGGCUUUCUCUCUCAGCUCUCCCUCGUAGUGUAUUUUUUAGCCCUGCCUGGCCUACCUCGGCUGUUUCCCUUCCCCUGUGCCGCCAUUAAAGCCUGUCAGCUCGGGGUUUGGAAAUCGGGAAAGGCACAAAAAUGAUUUAAAGCGUUAACGCGGACGGCGGAGGGACGGGACUAGGGGGGGGUUGUCGCUCCGUGGUAUAUAUGGACCUUCAACUGCCAAGUAAACGGCGCCCCUGAGAAGUAAAUAUGCGGCUAGUGUCGACCAAGUGAGAGAAGCCCGAGUACGGAUUGGAGUGGGUUUCUCUGACGGGGGGACGCUCCAUUUGUUUUGGUGGCAAACGGAGGAGUGUAAACACAGCAAAGCAAAGUGCACUGCUUGCUGUGUGAUCUCCUUGAGUGUGGAUCUGCCGAGCUGAGUGCCCCUCUGAACGGCAGGGAGCCUCCCACAGCGGCGGUGCGACGAUGACCGAGCUGGUUGCCAAGUGGGCCUGUGAAUACUGCACAUACGAGAACUGGCCGUCAGCCAUCAAGUGCACCAUGUGCCGCGCUCAGAGGCCCAGUGGGGGUGCCAUCAUUACUGAGGAGCCCUUCAAAAGCAGCCCUGCUCUGGAUGCCAGUCUGCACCAGUGGGACCCUGCAGGCCUCAGUAACAGCCCGACCCAGGGGGGUUCCAGCUUACUUAUUUGUCCAGACUCCAGUGCCCGGCCCCGUGUUCGGAUUGCUGAUGUACCUGAGACAAGUAGCAAGUGGUCCUGCCACAUGUGCACCUACCUGAACUGGCCUCGUGCCAUCCGUUGCACCCAGUGCCUGUGUCAGAGGCAACAGGCGCAACAACAGCACGCACAACAUUCAACCCAUCAAGGACAUCAUACUCAGCAGCCACACAGUCCCACAGAAUCACCACAGACCUCAGGCUCUGGAUGCCGGUCUUCCCUCACAGCCACGACUACAGAUCCCUGUGAGGAAUAUAAUGACCGUAACAGGCUCAACACUCACGCACAGCACUGGACCUGCACUGCCUGCACUUACGAGAACUGGCCCAAAGCACUUAAGUGCGUGGUGUGCGACCACCCUAGGCCAAAUAGUCUCUUAGCUGAACCCAUUGAACUGGCCUCAGAGCCUGAGAGCCAACAACCUUCUUCAAAACUUAACGAACAGGACAGGGACAACAGGAGGGGUGUUGUUGGGCAUGUAGGUGGGCAAGGAGUUGGGGUUGUGGUAGGUGGGGUUGGGGGUUGUAGCAGCAGCCAAAGGAGGUCUCCCCCAACCUCUAAACGGGAGUCGGAGGUGAAUAUGGACUUUCAGAGGAUCGAGCUGGCGUCAGGGGCUGGCAUUGGGAGCAAAGAAGAGCUUGAAGUGGAUUUCAAAAAACUGAAGCAAAUAAAGAACAGAAUGAGAAGGACUGAUUGGCUGUUCCUCAAUGCCUGUGUUGGUGUGGUGGAGGGCGACCUGGCAGCUGUAGAGGCCUACAAAACAUCGGGAGGAGACAUUGCGAGGCAGUUAACAUCAGACGAGGUGCGCCUGUUGAAUCGACCAUCAGCAUUUGACGACGGCUUCACGCUGGUUCACUUAGCCAUCCGCUUCCAGAGACAGGACAUGCUGGCCGUGUUACUCACUGAGGUGUCCCAACAGGCAGCCAAAUGUAUUCCUGCUAUGGUGUGUCCUGAGCUAACGGAGCAGAUACGCCGGGAGGUAGCAGCAUCUCUGCAUCAGCGAAAGGGAGAUUUCACAUGCUAUUUUCUCACUGACCUGGUGACCUUCACGCUACCCGCAGACAUUGAGGACUUGCCCCCCGCUGUUCAGGAAAAGCUCUUUGAUGAGGUUCUGGACCGUGAUGUACAAAAAGAACUUGAAGAAGAGUCUCCCAUCAUCAACUGGUCUCUGGAGCUCGGGACGCGGUUGGACAGCCGACUGUACGCUCUGUGGAACCGUACAGCUGGAGACUGUCUGCUGGACUCGGUGCUGCAGGCCACCUGGGGCAUCUACGACAAGGACUCGGUUCUCCGCAAGACCCUCCACGACAGCCUGCACGACUGCUCCCACUGGUUUUACACACGCUGGAAGGAGUGGGAGUCGUGGUAUUCGCAGAGUUUCGGCCUCCACUUUUCCCUCCGAGAAGAACAGUGGCAGGAGGACUGGGCUUUUAUCCUCUCCCUCGCUAGUCAGCCGGGAUCCAGUUUGGAGCAGACCCACAUUUUCGUUCUUGCACAUAUACUUCGUAGGCCAAUUAUUGUCUACGGAGUGAAGUAUUACAAAAGUUUCCGUGGUGAAACACUCGGGUACACCCGUUUUCAAGGUGUGUACUUGCCCCUUUUAUGGGAGCAGAGUUUCUGCUGGAAGAGCCCCAUCGCUCUGGGCUACACACGGGGCCACUUCUCAGCGCUGGUGGCCAUGGAGAACGACGGCUUUGACAAUCGAGGCGCGGGCGCCAACCUCAACACAGACGAUGACGUGACGGUUACAUUCCUGCCGCUGGUCGACAGUGAGAGGAAGCUGCUUCACAUUCACUUCCUCUCAGCGCAGGAAAUGGGUAAUGAAGAACAACAGGAGAAGCUGCUGCGGGAGUGGUUGGACUGCUGUGUGACGGAGGGGGGGGUCCUGGUGGCUCUUCAGAAGAGCUCCCGCCGACGCAACCACCCACUGGUCACCCAGAUGGUGGAGAAGUGGCUGGACGGCUACCGGCAGAUCCGCCCCUGCGCCUCUCUGUCAGACGGCGAAGAGGAGGAGGACGACGACGAUGAGUGACAAAACUGAAGCAGAGGGGAGGGAGGGGGGCAGCCUGGAACGGGCACCACCCUCUCCCCUCUCUUUUUUUUUUUUUUUUUUUUUUUCCUUUUUUCUUUUUUUUUUUUCCCAACACGGGCAAACUGUGAAAGCCUACAGGAGAGGACAGGGAACACAAGACCCACCCACUCACCCACUCACUCACCCACCCACCCACUUCUGGCAGAAGACUUUGGAGCACCCAGGCACUACAACAUACUCAACACUUCAGCCGGACAGAAACUGAGACUGACAAAAACCCCACUGCUGCAAAGACACAGAGUUUUUGGGAGAGAAAAUAACGGAUCAGAGUUUACAAAUGCAAAUGACCUGACAUGAUUUGUGUUUGAUUAUCAACUGUAAAGGAAAAAAAGGAAUCUCUAUCUAUAGAUGUAAAUGCAUGUGGUUGUUUAAAAAAAAAAAAAAAAAAGUCGUAUAAGGAAAUAUACCAGCAUUGAUUCAAGUCAACACUUUAUAUCAGUUCGACAUGGGCACUGACAAAAGCACACUUCCAAAUUUUGAUGUAUUUUCCAGUUGUAAAAAGUUUGGCUUAUUCAGCGUUUUGCUUUUGAAUGGGCAGGGACAAAGCCAAUAUCACUAUCUGUGGGUCAGGAGGCCCAUUCGAGAAAAAAAAACAGAUUAUGUAUAAUAAAUGACUUUAAUCCUUAUUACUAAGCACUGCACAUUUAUUAAAACAUUUCUAUAUAAAUAUUGUUGCUUGAAUUAAGGUCAUAUAUGAAGCUCUUGAAAAGGGAGAUGUUCCCUUUACAAGUCCAAGCUACACUCACUAAGGUUUAGCACACAAACAUUCAUGUUAGAUCUUUUCGUUUACCUUUUUCAGACUGAUUGGACUGAGAAGAUGUGUGUCUGCGUGUGCGUUCUCUGAACUUUUAAUCGAAAUAUUUAUUGUUUGGAAGCUUAUUUGAGCUAAUAAGAGCUUUGAUUUUUCUGUAUAUUUUUUUUUUUUCCUCUUCCUUUUUUUGUGGUUUUUGUUUUUAAUUAUUCUCUCAAUCUUGAUGAAGACAUGUUGCACAGAGACACUGUUGCUGUGAGGAAAGAAAACAACAAUGACCAUCAGUGAAAAGUUUACUUUCGUUGUUGUGUGCGAUUCAGUACCUCAUGUGGAUGCCUAAAAUCUGGUGCUUUAUUUUUUUGGCAGGCGAGUGCGGGAGCGAGAACACAUUCAAUGUCGGAGUUACACUUGUCCGUUCAUUGUUAUCUUCUGCUUCCUCUUUUGUCUUUUUAUUUCUCUCUCUCUUCAUAAUGUUGUCACCCUCAUGGUACACGUCUGUUCACCUCCUAUAAAUGCCUGUUCGUUGUCUUUACGUGAAACCAUCUUUAUGUUCUGAUAAAGCCGUCAGAAGAGACUGCAACAUAAAACCAAAGUUGAACGGAGGAAAAAAAACACGAAAAAAA